AUGGCGGAAUCGAACAAAAAAUUGGAGGAAAAGGCAAGAAAAAACCCAGAAGCUUGUGAUAUCGAAGCGGUUAAGGAAGACGAAUCUGAGUUUAUCGAGAUGGAUUUGAUGCUCGGUGUCGCUGAUCUCAACACACCUGAAGCUGUUAGAGCUGCUGAAGCAGCUAUUGCAGGCAAUGGUUUGACUACUAAAAGUGGAGAUUCAAGCAGUGAUGAGAGUGAUAGCGAUGAAGACGAAGAGGAGAAGGAGAGCUCUUUGGGUGAAGAAUGCAGAAAACGAACCAAGAUCAUUGAGCUUUCUUAA